UGAGAAUGCGGCUGAUGAUGAGGAGCAUGCUAAAGAUGCCGCCCAACAGGGUUCAGAGGUAGGUGGCAAUCUCCACCUCGGAUCUCCGAAGAUGGUUCUCCCUUCAUACAUGACAAACAUCAACCUUCAUGUGUCGGGCUGCUUCAUCAGAUCGAAGAGCAAAUCCGCAAGAAUCACCAGGCCAUGGCUAACCUCAGCAAAAAGCACGACCGCGCCCUACAAGAGCUUCAAGCCCAGCAACGCGAAGUCCGUGCUAGCGUGGGCAAGGAGCACCGCGAGCUCGCCUCGGCGCUGCAAGCCGAGCUCGAAGACGAGUACAAGGCGCUCAAGGCCCAGCACGCGAAGGAGAUGGCUGCGUUGCUGAAAGUUCAGAGCGUCGCGGACCAGCUUGAGGCUGACAACAAGGUGUCGAACAAUCUGUUGUACGAGAUGUUGCCGAAGUAUGUAGCGGAUGACUUGAAGAUGGGGAGGAAGAGUGAGCCCAGGGAUUUCGACUGUGUUACCAUCUUGUAUUCGGACAUUGUCCAAUUCACAAACCUUACAUCGCAAUCCACAUCCUCCCAAAUCGUCAACCUCCUAAACCGGCUCUACACCGCGUUCGACACCAUCCUCGACGACUACUCGGACGUCUACAAGACCGAAACCAUCGGCGACGCCUACCAGAUCGUCGGCGGGCUCGACGGCCAAAGCGGCGCCAACGUUCCUGCACCCAUCACCAGUGGAUCGGAUGGAGGCUCCGAUGCCGGGUCCGAUGCGGGUACGAGUAGCCACUCUGCACGUCUGGCGGCCCGCGAGGUCGUGGAGUGCGCGAUCAGGUUUAUGGAUGCCGUGUUCAAUCUGGAUAUGUCGGACCAGGUUAAAAAGGAGUUGCAGAUUAGGAUUGGAGUGCAUAGUGGCCCCGCGGUUGGAGGUGUUGCUGGGUCGCUUAUGCCCAAGUUCGCUUUGUUUGGUGAUACUGUCAACAUUGCUGGUCAGAUGGAACAAAAAUCACAACCCACCCGCAUCCACGUCAGCGAAACAACGUACAAUCUCGUCAAAGGCGGCGACUACGAGUUCCAGCCGGCCGGCGAGGUGACGCUUGAAGGCGGUCUCAAGAUGCGCAGUUUCUGGCUCAUGGGUUGGAGCAAGACAAACGGAGCGAAAGCUGCAGGCGAAUCGAGCGGCAGGAAUUCCAGUGCUCAGCGCCUAUCCUCCGCGAAGGCGAAGAGAAAGGUGAAGCUGGCGCAGUGAGGAAAGCCUGCUGCCAGGUUACGAAUCGAAUCGAGGCGAGUCAUGGUCCUCGACUUGAUGUGGACAUUCGGGUUUUUCUUUUGGGUUCAUCUUUUUUUUUGGUUUCUGGGAUUUUGUCCAUAUUUCAAAACAUGCAUUUGCUGUGCUUGCUCCGCUCCCUGCCUCCGUUGGUCUGCCCAUCUCU